AUGGGGAAGUCAAGACGAUCGAGUAGAAUGUGCCCAAAGCUUUCGGAUGGAGAGCAAAACAUGGCUUCGAUCGAUAGGCUGAGCAGCUUGCCGGACGUCAUCGUAUGUCACAUUCUCUCUUUUGUCGAUACAAAGCUCUCAGUGGCGACCAGCGUUCUAGGAAAAAGAUGGAGGUUUCUAUGGGCUCAUGUUCCUUGUCUGGACUUCGGUGGAUACGAUUUCAGGAAAGAAGGAACACAAGCCUCAGACAUCGUCCACAGGGUAUUAUUGCGGCACAAGGCAAAAAGAAUGGAUACUUUAACACUCUAUAACCUCAAAUUCAACGAGUAUCAACUGGAGACAUUAAUUACAACCGCCAUAGACCGUAGUAUCCGGAAUCUUUAUCUUGAACUUGACUUUGAUACAUUCCCUGAAUACCUCUUCAACUGCAAAACCAUUGUGGACUUGAAGCUUGCUUGCUAUAGAGUGUCACUCUCUGAUGUUGGCAAUGUCUCAUUGCCUAGCCUCAAGAAGUUUCAUGUUUCUAAUGUUGUGUGCGAGAAUGAUGAAGCCCUCCCCCGCUUUCUUUCCGGCUGCCCGUCCCUUGAGGAGUUGAAUAUGACGUUCACAUCUGUGGAAGAAAGUGAUUACAUGGACUGCAUAAAUAUAUCAUCACCCACAAUACAGACGCUUGAGCUCGAUGUUGGCGAUUUGACUUGUCCAUCUAACCUUGAAUAUAGGAUGAUAAUAAAUGCCCCGGCCCUUAGGUAUCUCCAAGUGGUUGACUAUGACUUGGAGUGUAUAACAUUUCCUAUAAAGAUGAUCUUCUUAGUUGAUGCAGAUAUCUACUUCCUAGAUUAUUCCUUCUCAGAUCUCAAACCAAGUUACAAUUACAUUGUGAAGUUUCUUCAUUCUCUGUGUCAUGUAAAGUGCCUAAAGAUAUCAGGUUGGGUAUUUGAGGAGUUUGUUUAUAGAGGAGUUGCUUUAUCAGAUGUAAAGUUUGAUAAUUUAACCAAACUCGAGAUCAUAUUGGACUUCAAAUGGAGUUUGCUUGUAAAGUUCCUUGAAGUUGCUGACAAUCUUGAAGUCCUUAUUUGUCAGCAGUUUUUUUAUAUUGGAAGGGGAUAUUCUUCUCCAGACCCAGAACAAGUGCCUAAAUGUCUGUUAUCCUGUCUGAGAACUAUAACAAUUUCGGGGAUGCUGUCUGAAGAGCAUGAAUUUGAUAUGUACGAGGUUUUUUAUGCCCUUCCUUGGCUGCUAGAGGAGUGUCCGGUCCUAGAGAAGUUGACCGUGAGUGGGAUAGCAAAUGCUUUGGACCAUUUGAUUGUGGAAUCGGCCUCUUUGAGGAGUCUUGAGCUCGAACUCCUGUUUGACAAUGUAUAUUGCUUGGUGCUUGUGGAUGCUACUGGCUGA